AUGCGUGCAGCUCUCAUCACUAUUUUAUUCGUUUUGGCAAUGGCUUGCAUUUAUGUUGCUGCUGAAGGAACUGAAGCCACUCCUGCUGCUAAUGAUACACCUGUUGAUGGAGAAAAAGCAACUGAACCACCAGCAUCUGGAAACUCGAACUCAAAUGCCACUGAAACUAAACCUGAAAAAACCGAAACAACAUCAGCUGGUGGAAUACUUGGAAUCGCUUCGAUUAUCUCAAUGACAAUCUCCUAUUUACUUGUUAACUAUAUUUGA